UUUAUACAUUGAUAACGAUUACGCUUAAAUACGAUUUAAUAGACAAAGGAAACAAAAGAAAAAAAACCCCACACAAAUAUGAACUUACUUACCGUCACAUUACUUCGGAAGUCGAAAGUUCCCGGAAGUGAUCCACAUCCGGGAAACGUAAUGUUUUCAGUGAGCGGCUAAUACAAAGCAGCUAAUGCUAACGCUUCAUGUAGAGGGUUUAAUUGCGCUUACACACACUGCAACUGAACAUUUAAAAAAAUGAUAUGGCCUCUCAGAUCCCCAUCACCAUCCGGAGUCAAUCGGUGGCCGUCAACUCAUCUACUCAGCGAACGAAGAAGAGGCCGGCGAGUCCGGCAGUGUCCGUCGUCCAGCCGAUCAAGAAGAAGAAGGCUCCAGUAGUGGCUUCUCCACAGACACAGAUGGUGGUGGCUGACACUGUGGCAGAAGUGAAAACAUUGGGAGUUGGAGAUGGUGGAGCCCCCCCUGCCUCUGAGGCGAAGCAACCGCCAUUUAAAGACCCCACAUUUACACAUUCUGGGAUCGGAGGAGCCGCAGCAGGCAAGAAAAACAGAACUUGGAAAAAUCUCAAGCAGAUUUUGGCUUUGGAGCGAACUCUACCCUGGAAACUCAGUGACCCCAGCUACCACAGUAUUGAUGCUCCCCCUUCCUUGAAGCCAGCAAAGAAGUACUCUGACAUCUCUGGACUCCCUGCCAGCUAUACAGAUCCACAGACAAAACUGCGCUUCACAUCAGCCGAAGAGUUCUCUUACAUUCGCCUUCUCCCGACCGAUGUUGUCGCUGGCUACCUGGCUGUUCGAAAGGCCACUUGCAUUGUUCCCUGACAACUCUGGACUGUUAAUAAAAAAAAAAAAGAGUUGAUUUCAAAAGUCUAUAACUCUGUUUUCUAAUCCAAGGGAGCCUCAAUGGAGUGGCACACAUCUUGUGACAGGAUAAUUUCCCCCCGGAUUAGAGUUUGAGUCACUUUUAUUUCUUUACAAGAUGAAAAGCCAAGCUGCCAAAAAUGAACAAUUAACAUUGGUUCUCUUGGCUUCAUAUCUUUAGUCUUUUUGUACAUCCGUUGUCUUCCACUGAAGCGCGGCUGGAUUGCAGGGGUUGCAGCUGUUGAAAGCACGAUCCAUGAG